CGCUUGUCACUGAAGCUAGAAAAGCAGAGCACGGGCGCCGCUGUCUGCCUUGUUUGGUUGAAACAGAAGGGCCGUUGUUAGAAGACAGUAUAAAUGUUCGCUUGAUUCCUGUAGGAACUUCAUAAAGACAUGUUUAAUUUGCCUGCAAAAGAAAUGGAUGAAUAUAACGAACUCUCUUUAAACCGAUGAGGCUGAAAUAUUACGAAUGAAAUCGACUUCGCGGAACAUAAGUUCGUUCUCAUACUAAAAGCCACCAACAUAAUUUGCGUGCAACAGUAAAGGUAGUUAUUUUGCCAGUGAGAAAAUGCGUGCAUGCGUCUUAAUAGAAAUGUUCGGAUUUGGAUUAUUUUUUAAUACCUGGAUACGACAGAAAGUAGUUCGUGAUCACAUGCGGAACGGCGAAUAGAAGGAAUGGUAAACAGGAAUGAAUUUUAGGAAGCGGAGGUCAGCGCGGCGAGACUGGAUUAUUUUCCCAGCAAUGUUUCUGGUUCCAAUUGUUUGUUUUUUAUCCGAGACUUUUGCUGCGCCCUCGCUUACGGCCGAGCAGAUGAACAUGGGGGUGGAUUGGCUGACCAAGUUUGGGUACCUCCCACCCCCGGACCCUGUGACAGGACAGCUGCAGACCAAGGAGGCUCUGACCAAAGCCAUCAAAGCCAUGCAGAAGUAUGGAGGAUUGGAGGAGACAGGAGAGCUAGAUGAAAAGACCCUGGUGCUGAUGAAGACUCCACGCUGCUCUCUGCCAGACGUCGCAGAGCCAGAAUCACAUUCAGACCGACGGAGACGUUCAGUGCCCUCCCAGACCAAAUGGAGCAAAAGACACCUGUCCUGGAGGAUACGGACAUUCCCGAAAGAGUCUCACCAGCUUGGCCGGGACACGGUGCGGGCCCUGAUGUACUAUGCCCUGAAGGUUUGGAGCGACGUCUCGCCCCUCAACUUCCACGAGGUGGCAGGCAGCGAGGCAGACAUCCAGGUCGAGUUCACCAAGGCCGACCACAAUGACGGGUACCCCUUCGAUGGACCCGGGGGCACCGUGGCACACGCCUUCUACCCAGGAGACCGCUUCACUGCAGGGAACACACACUUUGAUGAUGAUGAGGACUGGACCUUCAGAUCACCAGAUGGGAUGGAUCUGUUUGCGGUGGCCGUGCACGAGUUUGGUCACGCCAUCGGCCUGGCGCACACCUCCGCCAUCGAGUCCAUCAUGAGGCCGUACUACCAGGGCCCGGUGGGAGAUCCGCUAAAGUACAGCCUCCCCUAUGAGGACAAGGUCCGUGUCUGGCAGCUCUAUGGGGUUCGAGAUUCAGUAUCUCACACGGACCGCCCUGAUACCUCCCACAGUGCAGAUCCCCCUGUCUUACUGGACCUCCCCGAAAACAGGUCGACUAUCCCGCUAGAUCCUGACGCCCCAGACAGAUGCAGCACUCACUUUGAUGCCGUGGCCCAGAUUCGUGGAGAAGCCUUCUUUUUCAAAGGGAAGUACUUCUGGCGUCUGACCCGAGAGAAGCACCUGGUGUCCCUGCGACCGGCCCAGAUCCAUCGGUUCUGGAGGGGACUGCCCGCCAACCUGGACAGCGUGGACGCUGUGUACGAGCGGCCUGGGGACCACAAGAUCGUCUUCUUCAAAGGAUUGAAAUACUGGGUGUUCAAAGACAACAACGUGGAGGAGGGCUACCCCCGACCAAUCGGCGAUUUUGGCCUGCCACUAGAGGGUGUGGACGGCGCCUUCGUCUGGCUGCACAAUGAAAAGACCUACUUCUUCAAGGGCAGCCAGUACUGGCGCUAUGACGACCAUCUACGGCGCAUGGAUCUGGGCUACCCCAAGGACAGCAUGCUGUGGAAGGGAGUCCCUCCACAGCUGGAUGAUGCCAUGAGGUGGUCUGAUGGCGCCUCCUACUUCUUCAAGGGGAAGGAGUACUGGAGGGUGGUGGGGAGUGACAUGGAGGUGGAGUCGGGGUACCCACGGCCCAUUAGCAAGGACUGGCUGCUGUGUGCCGACAUGCAGUCUGACUCUCCGGCCCUGGAGGCCAACGGCACAGAGACCCGCUCGCACGGCCAGCGCCACGCCAGCCACGCCGAGAACAACUACGAGGUGUGCUCCUGCACCUCUGACUCGGCCACGGCCCUCUCGCUCCACCCCUCGCUCUCGCUCCUUGGGCUGCCGGCCUUUCCCUGCGGAAUGCUGACCCCUCUGGUGACAUUCGCUGUCGUCCUAUGUGCACCUCCAUGAGGAGGGACAGAAAUGUUUAAACAUAUACCAACAGUGACAAAAAAAUUUAAUUCAAACCAUAUAUCUAAUCAAAAAGGAACUGCCUGGAUCCUUUUUUCUUUUGCUCUGUUGUCGUACAGUCCAGCCAUGGGACUCACUCUACCCUUUUGUCUCGAAACUUGAAUAAAAGUAUUUUUUUACAGCCAUGAUAAGGUAUUAUGUCACUGAACUAUUUGAAUUGAUAUUAAUAAUAGUACUGGUAGUGUUGAAAGUGAAUAAAAUGUACUAUUCUUUUUUAAAUGAUCAUUCCAAGUGCUUUAGAAGUCAGGGAUGUUUUCUCAGAUACAUAUUGCCAUUUUAGUACCCAGUGUCCACAUAGAUCCUGAGGGGCAGAUCCACAUAAAGACUGCAUGUCAACUGGUGACAAAAAAUCCUGGAGAAGUUUCACUGUAUUCCCUAUCCAGUUGCAAUGGCCUCAGUCUGUAAUGGAAAAGCUGUUGUAAGGGUUUUAUAAGGGAUAAAUUGUGCAUAUCUUAUGUGGACAAAUUUGUAAUUACACACAUGCAUAUGGUUUCCAGGGACAUGCAUAAUAAAUUAUUUUUUGUUUUAAUCUGAGGUUCAUUAACUAUUCCAUCAGAGACACCGACAACCUGUGCUAAUUACGGGUAGUAAAUAACGCGCAGAAAAAAAUAAAAAAUCAAAUGCAUUAAUUUUCCAAUGAGACUUUAAGCCAAUGUACUGUGAAUGUAAUCCAUAACCUGGUGACUUCAAUUGCAUGGGGACCAGCCGGCAGGAACAGUGCAAUGCCGCGUAACAAGCGUAUUUCCGUGUUCAUGUCUGCAGCUGCGAUGAGGAGCACGAGCCUGCAGAGAAUGCAGGCCAUUAGAUAAAUACACUUUAUUAGCUGAAUAAAAUUUGAUUUUAUGUUAAAUGGAAGUCACAUCUCCCACUGAAAACAUUGCGGAUAAGGAAUGAAAUGACAUUGAAUAUUACAUUUUAAAAUAAUCACACAACUGUCAAUCAAGAAUAGUAAAGAAAACAAUGAGACAAUAUGUGCAUUAUGUGCAGGCAUCACAAACAGGCAGUGGUCCAACUGUGAAGCGAUUGCUGUCAGAGCAUGAAUUUAUGUGAAUAGGACUUGAUUCUAUAGAAAUUAUGUAUAACACGCAAAUAUUUGGUUUUCAGUAAUCCAUGAAAGCUAAAUCAUUGUUUGAAGUCUCUUCUCUUGGGUUUCUGAUAAAUAUUUGGAUAAAUCUCUAUCUAGCAGCAAUUAUAGUUGCCACAGUCCAAGGCAUGACUUCACAUUGCAUUGGCUUUUAUAUAGGUCACCAGUUCUGCCCUAAAUUGUCACUUCUUUGAGUCCCUUUCCCCCAUUUACAGCGCAAUGUAAUUAGCACAGACUUGUGAUUUAGUCAGAACACUUAAUGAACCUCAGUCACAUGUCUCCUCAUUGUCCUUGCGCAGAAAUGUGCAUGUACAUAUGUAUUUAUAUAGACAAUUGCUUGUGCUGUGUAUAUACACAGCAAUGAUUCCAUACAUGGUGUAUACACAUGAUGUAUAAAAUGAGGAAUGUAUGAUUUUGUCAAAUACAGAAAAUUUGAUAUUGCUAUAUACCUGUUUGUUUGUAUGAAGAAAUAUACACAUAUAUUUAAGAGAAAAGCAACAUUAAAAGCCAAGUCUUUUCUA